AUGGUGGACCUCUUCGCAGUUCCCGUAUUCUUCAUUUGUUUUCGCGAGUGUCUCGAGACCAGCAUCAUUGUCUCAGUGUUAUUGGCAUUUCUGAAGCAGACUUUGGCCGAUCAUGACCCGGCUGUGCGAAAGAAGUUGGUCCGACAGAUUUGGUGGGGAGUCGCUUUGGGAUUGUUGAUCUGCAUUUUCAUCGGUGCUGGAUGUGUCGCUGCAUUCUAUGUGGCUGGUGAACUUAUCUAUGACAAAUUUGAGCAUCUUUGGGAGGGUGUCUUCAGCUUGGUUGCUGCCGUCAUCAUCACCAUCGUCGGCGGCGCAUUAUUGCGCGUGAACAAGCUCCAAGAUAAGUGGAGAGUCAAAAUUGCAAAAAUCAUUGAAGCCAGAGAAUCCGAAUUGCCUUCCGAAGGACGUUUCAAACGGUGGGCGGAGAAGUACGCCAUGUUUAUUCUCCCAUUCGUGACCGUCCUGCGAGAGGGCAUUGAGGCUGUAGUCUUCAUUGCUGGUGUGGGCGUUGGUCUGCCCGCUACCGCAUACCCUCUUGCGGUCAUCGCUGGUUUUGGCGGCGGCGCAUUCGUUGGAUAUUUGAUCUACAAGGGUGGCAACCAAACCUCGCUGCAGAAGUUCCUCAUCGUAUCGACCUGCUUCCUCUAUCUAGUAGCUGCAGGUCUGUUCUCUAAAGGUGUAUGGAACUUUGAAGAACAGGCUUGGGUCAAUCUUGCUGGUGAAGAUGCUGCCGAGGCCGGAUCAGGACCAGGAUCUUAUGACGUUCGCAACGUCGUGUGGCAUGUCAAUUGCUGCAGUCCCCUCGAGCAUGGUGAUGGAAUCUGGGGUAUUUUCAAUUCCAUCCUUGGCUGGCAGAAUACUGCCACCUAUGGUUCGAUCAUCUCCUACAACCUUUAUUGGUUGGUAGUCAUUGCUGGAUUCCUUUUGACCGGCUUUAAAGAAAAGCAUGGAAGAUGGCCACUCUGCAAAGAGCCUGCAAAGGUCAAUUCAGAGGAUGGCGAGAAUUCUGGUGUGUAUGAGCCUCUGUUGGCAGCAUCAGACAGGCGGGAUGUCUCCAUUUAG